CUACACUAAAGGAAAACGGAUGGCAUUUUCGGAAUCAAUGGAUCAAAAUGUAUUGUUUACCAGUGUUUAAGUAUUCUAACGGAUAUCGAUUAAAACAAUAACAAUUAAAAAAAAGAAAAAAAACACUAUGUUUUCUAUAUAUGCAUUGUAGGAGUGGAAAUGCAGUUUUUACCCUCCAACCACCGAUGCUUUAUUUCAAGCUUCUGAAAAUGGCCAUACAGACACUGUGGAAAUGCUUAUUAAGACUUGUGCUGAUGUAAACCUGAAUAAUCCUAAUUGCUUAACAAGCUUGAUGCUAGUAUCUCAAAAUGGACAUUGGGAGAUUACUGAUAUCCUUAUUAUAAAUCAAGCGAACAUAAAUACUACCGAAAGUAAUGGGUGAACAGCCUUCAUGUUAGCAUCAUAAAGUGGAUAUUCAAAUAUUGCUCAAAUGCUUAGAGAAAACAAAGCAAAUACUAAAAUGACAAACAAGAACGUAAUGACAUCACUAAUGUACAGACAUAUGAACAUUAUUCAAAUUCUAAUAGAACAUGGCGCUGAUUGGAAAAAUAAAACACGUGAUGGAAUGACGACUUUAAUAUUAGCUUCAGAAAGUGGACUUACUGACAUUGUAGAAAUGUUAAUAAUAUAUGGAGCUAAAAUUAAUGAAAAAAAUGAAUUUGGAUUGAGCCAUCUACUCUAUGCUCUACAAAGUAAAUAAUCUAUAACUGCAAAAACAUUGAUAAAACAUGGAGCUCAUACAAAUGAUAUUGGCAAAAGAUGCAAGGCAGCUUUAAUGUAUGCUGCACAAAAUGGAUGGACUAAUGUAGCUGAAUAGCUAGUGGAAAACAACGCAAAUAUAAAUGAUACAAACAUAAAUUGAACACAUUAAUGUUUUCGUCGCAAGAAGGACACACAGAGAUUGUUAAAUUUAUGGAAGAAAAAAGAAGGUGAUGUAACUAUUAAAAAUCAUGAAGGCAACACAGCUUUAAUGUUUGCUUCAGAAAACGGUCACAAGGAAACAGUUCAAAUACUUAUUUAUUUGGUGGCAGUUAAUAACGAUAUAAAUAGUAAAGUAGAAAAUUAUACAAAUAAAACGUAAUUAAAUGAAUCUGAUGUCAACGACGAAAACGUGUAUAAUCAGACUGCUUUAAUGUUAGAGUCAUUAAUGAAACUGUUCAUAUCCUUAUUAAUAUCAAAGCUUAUGUUAAUGUUACUGACAACAAUGGCCUUACAUCGUUAAAGAAUGCAUCAGUAAAUGUAGAUAUUGACAUUGUAAGAAAACUUGUUUAAGGCUGGAGCUAAUGUUAACUAUACAAAUGCCUUAGAUAAGACUGCUUUAACAUUUAAGCUCUUAUAACGGUCACACAGAAUUCGUUCAAAUGCUUUAUGAAAAUAGUGGUGAAAUUGAUAAAACAUACAAUGACAGAUUGACUGCUAUAAUGUACUCUUUAAAAAAAGCAUAAAGAAACUGCCACAUUGCUUCUAAAAAAAGGAGUUAAGGUUAAAAAAUGUAGUUUCUAAUGUAUGUUAGUAUGCACAACAAGGAUGGUAUGACCUGCUUGAUAUUUGCUUCAAAGAAAGGACAAUCGUCAAUUGCAGAAACUAUGAUUGAAAAGGAUGCCAGAAUUAUGAUUUGAACAACAUAGAUGGAAAUUACCUCAUGUGCAAAGGAUAAGAGUAGUUUUUCAUUAUUUAUGUUUGCAUCACAAAGGGGAAUCAUAUUUAUAGCCAAAUUGCAUGUAGGAAAUGGUGUCAACCCCAAGAACACAAUUAUUAUUAUUAUGGCUAAGAUGCUCCUUAACAAAUGAAUCAAUAUUAACGACAUAGACAGAAAUGGAUGUACCGCUUUGAUGUUUGCAUGUGACAAUGUACAUAUUGAGACGGCUAAAAUGAUUGCAUAUAAAAGAGAAGAGACAUAUAAAGGAUACAAAUGGAUGGUCAGCAUAGAUGAAUGCAUCCCAAAAUUGACACACUGCUACUACUCAACUGUUUAUUAAUGAACGGAAGAGCUUGAAAGUUUGGACUGAAAAUAUAACAAUUAAUUGCAGUACGAUGGAAAUGGGCAUCUAAAAACGGGCUUGUCCAAUUUUUUGUUUGGUAAAAAAUUGAAAUGCCUAGACUCUAGACAGUUGAAAUACUAGUACAUAAAAAAGCAGAUGAUUCGGCAAACAAAAACACGUCUUAAUGUACGCAUCACAAAAUGGAUAUACUGUAAUUGUUCCAUUUUUCUUGACAAUAUGAAAAAGUAUAAAGUUGAGUAUCAUUCAUCGUAAUACAUAACGGACGCGCUUUUAGAAGUAGCAUGUAGUUUCCAUGAGUAAAUAAAGUUUCCUUUAUUCUGAUGUCUUUUUUUCGAUAAAAGAAAGAAGCCAUGCAUAUUGACCUCUUAUGGAAAUAUGGUAAACAAAUUAAUUAAUGAAUAUUUAGUAUCGCUAUAUAAUUAUAAGACCACUAAUAUGUAUAAAAAAGACCUGCGUUAUUCUAACAACUUAGGAAGAAUUUGAUUGAAUACGGUUCACGCAUCAAAUCCACAACAAAUAAUAUAUACAAGUAAACGAUUUCCCCAUAACCAGAGCGUUAAUCUUGGCCCUGCAAACCUUGCUAAUACAGGAGGCUUAAUCUAUUUAAGAGGUCCUAUGUUAUCAUGUGGCAAAAAAAAUAGUUGAUAAUUAAUUAUUUAUUUAAAUAGCGGAAUAACGAAAAGAGAAACAUUGCAGAUUGCCUCUAAAUUCAAACAACGGCUCUGCCGUUACAUAUACAUCCUAAGUCAGUCUUAUUUCAAGGCAGAUGAUAUUCAUAUUGAAUGGAGUUGUAAAAAAAAAUCUUAUGUAUCAUUUUCCUGCAGAAAUAAUUUUGAAAACCUUUAAAAAUUAGCUUCAGUUUUGUGGAAUUUUUGGAAAGUUUGUUUUAUCACAAAUUGCACUUCCCUUUGAUUUCUGUCCGUUACAAGCAGGCAUAUACAAACAGCUAUAUUCUAAUAUUUAAUAUUUCCCUCUGUAUAUCUAGUCUUUGCAAUAUUAUUUUAAAAUUAAUUUCCCGGUAUAGUUAAAGUGUUUUGUCAAUCACAAUCGUUAAGUAGUUUCUUCCGUUCAAUCUUCUAUCCUAUAUUGAAA